UGGGAUUGGUGGGAAAAUGGAGGCUUUGCCAGUGAAGGAGAGGAAAGUAAGAGUUGGGUACGAUCGUGUCAAAUCCACGUGAUCUUAUUCGAGUGGCGGGAGGGCCGCGGCCGGGAUUCUCAUUGGACGCUCGAACUGAGGUCAUUGUGCCUCGGUGCUGGAAAUUUAUGAGAGCAAUUCCCAACAGACCCCUCAGCAGAACACCUCUGCUAAUUCAACAGGAUGGCGCCUCCAACGACUCUCAAGGUCACGAAUCGAUGUGAGUGUGACUUCUAUAAAUAAUACACGAAACCAUCGCUAACCAAACAUCUGCUAGCUGGAAGCAAGCUCAAGAAGCUCCCGACAAGUAUCGAAAUCGCCGACACCACCACCGUUCAGGAUGUCAAGAAUAAGCUGGGCAAGCUGGCAGGCGUCAGUCCAGAGAGACUGGGACUAUCUGAGCCCGAGAAGAGGACAACCUUGAAGGACAAGAAGGAGUUGGUUAGCAGGCACAAACAAGUUAUGGCUGGUCAGGAAAUUCUGGUUAAGGAUUUAGGUAUGCGUUGUCUUGACAGUAAAUAUAUUAUGAUCAUGCUCUGACAUCUGGCUAGGACCCCAAAUUUCCUGGACAACCGUCUUCAUCGUCGAAUACCUGGGCCCAAUCCUAAUCCACCUAUCUUUUCUCUUCAUACGCCCUUAUAUCUACAGCAAUCCUGCCCCUCUUUCCAACUCACAAUACCUAUGUAUGGCAAUGGUGGUUCUUCACUUCCUCAAGCGCGAAUACGAGACCCUCUUCGUCCACAAAUUCUCCCUCUCCACCAUGCCAGCCAUGAACAUCUUCAAGAACUCCUUUCACUACUGGGUCUUCUCAGGCCUCAAUCUAGCAUACUGGGUCUACAAACCCACAUCCUUGACCGCGAAAUCCUCCCCGAUGUUUGAUAAUCUAAAUAUCAUUGGGGUCGUACUAUACGUUUUGGGAGAAGUGGGCAAUCUCUUAACACAUAUUACACUCAGCAACCUUCGAAAACCGGGGGAUACUGCGAGAGCCAUUCCAAAGGGUUUCGGUUUCGGUACCGUGACGAGUCCUAAUUACUCAUUUGAGCUUCUUGCAUGGGCUGGAGUGGGCCUUGUGACGAAGAGUUGGAGUGCGGUUUUGUUUUGGGCUGUAGCGUACGGUCAGAUGAGGAUAUGGGCCCAAAAGAAGGAGAGGUCCUUGAGAGCGGACUUUGGUAGCAAGUAUCAGAAGAAGCGGAAUGGAAUUAUUCCUGGUCCAUGGGCAAAGUUGUGAAGGGUGGUACGAUAGUAUCUUGCAGUACGUUCCAUCUAUAGAAGUUAACGAGUCGAGUCCAGUGGUUUGUAGGGUUAUAAAAUUAGCUAAAAUACCA